AUGGGCGACGACGCCGCCUCCCACCCCGCCCGGCGCUACAACGGCGAGGACCGCUUCAGCGCCCUCCCCAACGACCUCCUUGGUGACAUCAUCAACCGCCUUCCCUUUACGGAUGCUGCGCGCACUGCCGCCUUCGCCUCCCAGUGGCGCCAGAUCUGGCGCUCCACCCCGCUCGUCCUGCGCGAUGCCGACGCCCACCUCUCUGAGGCCACGCGCGUCGCCACCGUCGCACGGGCCCUCGCCGACCACUCGGGGCCCUUCCACAAUGUGAGCCUCUUCAGCUGCACGGCCUCCUCCCUGGAUCUCGAGCUCCCAGAGUGGCCGCGCCUCCUCGCCACCAAGAGCAUCGAGAACCUCUCCUUCCUGAACAAGCAAACCCAGCCCCAGACCACCUUGUCGCCCCUCCCUGCUGACAUCCUCUGCUGCGGCUCGCUCCAGUCCCUCUCCCUGGCCCUCUGGAAGAUCCCCGAUGACCUCCCGCUCGCCGCCAACGCCUUCCCCAAUCUCCGGAAGCUCGGCUUGGUACGGAACGACACAAGCAACCAGUACAUCCACCGCUUGCUUGCUGCCUACCUUGAUCUGGAGUACCUUGGGCUCGUGCUCGAUGGUAAGCCCGAGCGUGUCCAUGUCUGCAGCCAAAGCCUCCGGUGCUUGCUCCUUGGGCUGUCCAAGGUGGAGGAGUUCACCGUGGUGGAUGCCCCGCUCUUGGAGCGCAUCAUCUUCUUCAAGCCGCCUUAUGGUGGAACCGAUUGCGUGAGGUUCUGGAUUGCCUCGGCACCCAAGCUGCGGGUCAUUGGCUACCUGGACCCAAGAAUUCACAAGCUGCAAAUCGGUGACAACAUCAUCAAACCUAACACAAUGGCGAGUCCAGGAACCGUGGUUCCUAGCGUUGAGAUAUUGGCCGUGAAGGUGAACUUUGGUGUCUUCUGGGAGGUGAAGAUGUUGGCCAGCUUUCUAAGAUGCUUCCCCAACGUUGGGACGCUGCACAUCGAGCAGUCUGUACCGCAUGAUCCAUCAGUGGCCGCUCAUGAACCCACCGGAGAGCACCAUGCUAGGUUCUGGCAGGUGGCCAGUCCAGUCGAAAGCUUGAGAUUACACGUCAGGAGCUUGUUCAUCCACAAAUUUCAAGGGAAUCAAAACGAGUUUGCAUUCCUCAAGUACGUGGCCUUGAACGCGCGGGAGCUGCGAGCAUUGCUGGUCGUGUCACCUGACAAAAAAAUUGCUUUGGCACUGGCAGAAGAGGUGAAUGAGAUGGCAAAGAAAUUGGAUUGUCCGCCAUUUCAACCAUGGACUGCUAGAGGGUUGUUGGAGUCACCUAGAGUGUGCAAUGUUUUGAUCUCUCCUAAAGUACCCUUUCUCGGUGUCCAUGACCCUUUUCGCUGGUGA